AUGUCGACAGCAUCUAGCCGAUCCCGAGGAGUCAACCGACGGAUUAACAGCCUCCAGAAUGAUAAUAAACACACGCGCAACUCCUCCGCAUCGCGGCGACGGCCCCUGAACGCCAACGUGGCAUACAGCCAGGCCCUUCGGAUCGCCUACCUCGCCUACCUCCUUCACCCUCGCUCUCGUCGCAUCCAAAAUGCCCCCGUCGCGCCGGCGCGGCCGAAGCGAUCUUCUACCUCAAUCCAUGAUUUGAUGAGCGAUUUCUCCCUGGUCAGGGACUCCAAAAGCACGAGGAUCCCCCAUGGAUUUGUUUCUGAGCUGGAAAGGCGGCUGACCGGUGUGUUAAUGGGAAAGGAGAAGAGGAAAGAAUACCAAGAUCACCUAGUGGUGCGGUCAUUUGCUGUGUUUUUGAACGUUUUGAAGGAAGACUCGUUUCGGAAACGCAUGGAGAAAGACCGACGAGCUGAAGAUCUCCUCCUUAUCUUCUACUCGAAUGCUGUCAAAGAGCUUAGCAAGGGCAAGGAGCUUGACGACGACAGCUGGAAGUUUAUGGUAGACCGGCAUGUUGCGCUUUUUGUCCGACUCCUUGCACUUACAUUGAAAGAUCACGAGUGGUCCAAGGAUCGCCCCGAGUUGGCCAAUCGAUUGUCCGUGCUGGAAAACAAGCUACUCCUGCAAGAUCAGGAUCUUAUGCAAACUAAUGGCCCUGCAUCUUCGACCGAGAGCGUUGGCACAUUGAGUUAUAAUGUGAAUGACAUGCCUCUCGUGCAGCAUGUGGCCAAAAUCUUCGGGAUUACUACAUCCCAAGCGCAAUCCGAGAUUGAUAAACACAAGUCCAAAUGGACCGAAAAGGCUGCUCUGCAGGACUUGAAGACAUAUCAAGCCCACCUGAACCUGCAGACACACAAGACUUUGUCAAGGGAUGAUUUCGACUCUGACGAGGGUUAUGACGCCUGGAAAAAGAGCGAAGGCCCUGAUCUCUCACAGAUGAUGCUCGCAAUUGUACAAUGCAACCCCGAGCUGGCCAAAAGCAGCCUUGGGGCUCUUCCCCAGUUCAAUUCGAGUCCCCAUGAGAAUCCUGAAUUGGCAAGGACAUCAUCUGGUCGGACUGACAGAACAUCUUAUGUCAUUGAUCAGCCGGUUGAUUUGAGUGGGCUUUCUCUAGAAGACUCUGACGAAUCUGACACUUACACCUUCAUACCGUCGGAUCCUAGGGCUUUCUACAAGUUCAUUUUGUCUCAGGCCUUGAGCUAUGAUCUACGAGAUCGCGAGCUCGAAGCUACACAGGCUACAUCCGACGUGCCUUCCGUCAAACUGCUUUCAAAGCAAUCUACAGAAUUGCUCAAUGAGAUAUGUCUCCGUUGGCGAAUUCCGACCUUUUCCCGGGUCGUGAUGUUCCUUGAGGUCGCUCAGGAUAAAUUUGUUGACAAUGAACUCGAUAUCGAUACCCUUGACUCGGCAUUCACCUAUGCGAAAGAAAUUCCUUCGGGUGAGCUGCGCAAACGCAGUAGCUUUGUGGCGUCUGCAAUCUUUGAUCGGCGACGAUGGACCGUACAUGAUCUUCAAACGAUGCAAUCGCUACUAUCCAAGCUUCAUGAGGCGUUGCUCCGGGAGCUCUAUGAGGCGAUGAUGGAUUGUUUCGAGGCAAAGCCACGCCCACUGGGUCCAGUGAUGUACAUUCUUGAAACUCACAUCCAGAUGGAUCCCAAUUAUAUCGAGGAUCCAGAGGACAUCAAUCGGUUCUCCACGUAUGUGCAAGAAGGCCUUGCCCAAAAAGCAACGAUGAAGUAUCAAAGCCUCCUCAGUCAGUUGAUCCCAAUGGAACAGGAAGCUUGGGAUCCGGAUCAUGUCAUUCAGCUUGUAGAUGCAAUCUCAAAGCUGGCGUUAAAGAUCCAGAAACGGUACCGUAAUAAUCCGGAGAUCAUGGGUGUGAACCCAUUCACCACGCUGUGCCACAACGUACUACCCAUGUUUGCUGAAGAUGCACAUGAAAUGGUCAUGAGGAUUAUUGAGCAAGCGAAAGCAAGGGGUGAGGAUAUUUCCAUUGAAGAUGGGUUUGACCUGUAUAAGAAACUUGCUACUGUCAGACGGUUAUUCCAUAAUACCCAUGAGGAUGCUCCAUUCCCAUUCCAUGUGGAAAGUCUGCUUCAGGACUUUGUCUGGCGAUGGCUUCGUCUCACUGACCAAAAGAUCAUGGAUUGGGUCAACCAAGCUACCAAACAAGAUGUAUUCGCUGUUCGGGUCGAUGGGGCUACAGAUCUUGCGUCUGAAGAUGACCGCCACAGUGUGUCAGUGAUUGACAUUUUCCGAUCUUUCAAUCAAGUCGUUGAAAACAUGGUCAAUCUGGAGUGGGACGACGAUCUUCAAUAUGCGAAGUUCAUGACGCAUCUUUCAAACUCAAUUGGAAAAGGUGUUGCAACUUACUGUGACUCCCUAGAGAAGAUGUUUGCGCGAGAGAUGGAUCGUCUUACUCCCGAACAGGAGGCGGCAUUGAACCAAACCACCCAGGAGAAAUGGAUGCAGUUUGCCAAAGACACCUGGACGAACAAAGAUAAAAUUGAACCCUUCCAGUUCUCGUCAGAGUCUCUGGUGAAACUGAACAACAUCGAGUAUGCACUUGCCCAGCUUGACAAACUCGAAAACGAUAUUAAUGUGGACGGCUGCGCCGAGGUCAUUGCACGAAAUACACCACCACAGCUCAAAAAGGUCCGCAAGUCCACGACUUAUGUCUUUACGAUCAAGGUAGUGGAGGCAGAAGACUUGAAAGCCUGUGACAUCGGCGGUGGCAGUGAUCCAUAUGUCGUCUUGACAGACGAGUAUCAGAAACGGAUUGCGAAAACCCGCACAAUCUACAAUAAUCUCAAUCCCCGAUGGGAGGAUGCAGUGGAUCUCACCACGCAAGGCCCUUUAAACAUCAUCGCCACCAUCUGGGACUGGGAUGCAGUGGGCGAUCACGACUAUGUCGGUCGCACAUCGAUCAAGCUGGAUCCAGUGCACUUCAGCGACUUCUUGCCAAGGGAGUAUUGGCUCGACCUAGAUACUCAGGGUCGGCUUUUACUCCGAGUCAGCAUGGAAGGCGAGCGAGAUGAUAUUCAGUUCUACUUUGGCAAGGCUUUCCGUACACUCAAACGAACCGAAAGGGACAUGACUCGUAAGAUUACAGAGAAGCUUUCGGCAUACAUUAGCCACUGUCUCUCCCGUCGAACGCUGAAGUCUCUUCUUUCUCGUGGACUGAGUAUAUCUAGCGUCUCGAGCUUCUUGAACCGUAACCGGGCGCAGCCAACUCCUUCCGGUCCUACUCCAGCGGACGUUGAAAACGCAUUGACUCCGCUGUUCAACUACUUCAAUGACAACUUCGCCAUCAUGAACAAAACCCUUACACCUGAAGCCAUGAAGAUGGUGAUGGCUCGCCUAUGGAAAGAAGUGCUUGCCACCAUCGAGAGUCUUCUCGUACCCCCUCUAUCGGACAAGCCAUCCCACCAGAAGCCCUUGACCAUCCAGGAAGUUGACAUCGUAUCACGCUGGCUCGUGUUACUAUUGAACUUCUUCCAUGCGGUUGACGAAGAAACCGGGGAAGCCAACGGCGUCCCAAUCGAUAUCCUGAAAUCGCCCAAAUACCAUGAGAUCCAGUCCCUGAAUUUCUUCUACUUCGAACCGACGGAAAAUCUCAUCCGCACCUCUGAGCGCAUGGCCUCGGCGACUGUGAAUCGCCAGCAGGCGAGCCGCAAUCGCACUUCUGCGCCUGCCCACCUCGGCGCGACGGGCCCCGGUCACGGUGGCUUGGGUCUCCCUGCUGCCCGUCGUGCGAAGAGCAUCAUGCUCUCCCGAAACUUGGGCACUAUGAGGAAGGCCAAGGAGGAGAAGCGACGAGAGGCGCAGGCUGAUCCUAACGACGAUAUGAUUCUACGCAUUCUCCGCAUGCGCCCCGAAGCUGCCGGCUAUCUGCGUGACCGAAGCCGUCAGAAGGAAAGGCUUGCUGCGGCUGCAGCUGCCGAUGCUAUCGUGAAGCAGAGUCUGAUGGCCGGGGCUGGAAGCCGCAUGAGCGGUAUCAUCCCCCGCGCCCGGUAA